GGCCAUAAAACACGCGGUGAGGAGAGAGAAAAUAGGUUCAGUUUUUCUCUCUCUAUUGUUUAUUGUUUAUUGUUUUAUUGUUGUUCCACACACAACACAUCACAACACAUCGAGAGAACGAUCUCUACCGUUUUCUCUCUCUGCUUAGCGAUUCCAAUACGAACCCCUCCUCUUUCUCUCUCUAGAAUUCUGAGCAUCGACGCUCGAUUCUGCGGUUAUUUGAAGCUAUAAACGCUUCAAAAUUCGAAGCUUUCUGGAGGAAUUUACGAGAGAUUCAUACAAUAUCUUGAGGUAUAUGUUUUAUGUAUAAAUUAGGGUUUUUGACAUGGGAUUAGGCGAUUCUGAUCUUCUCGACGACGGCGAUGUCGCUAGCAAAGCGUCGCCGGUUUCAUGCUCGAUUUGCCUCGAUGCCGUGACUGAUAAUGGGGACAGAUCUCGGGCGAAGCUUCAAUGUGGCCAUGAAUUUCAUCUUGAUUGCAUCGGUUCUGCAUUCAAUGUAAAGGGAGUGAUGCAAUGUCCCAACUGUCGAAAAGUUGAGAAGGGUCAAUGGCUAUAUGCAAAUGGUUGUCGUUCACUUCCUGAGUUUAGCAUGGAUGACUGGGCCCAUGAUGAGGAUCUUUAUGAUCUAAGCUAUUCUGAAAUGUCAUUUGGAGUUCACUGGUGUCCUUUUAGUGGAUUAACGCGACUCCCUUCAUCUUUUGACGAAGGGGAAUUUUCAUCAACUGCAUAUCAUGAUCUUCUUGGACAACAUGCUAUUUAUGCUGAACAUACAGCCGUAUCAUCUGCUGCUCAUCCUUGCCCAUAUAUUGCAUAUUUUGGACCAAUCCACCCUUCAUCCUCAAAUUCUGGUGGAAGUGUAUCAGAUGGUUCUAAUUAUAACAAUCACUGGAAUGGCCCAUCAGUUGCCGGUGAGAUGCCCGCAUCUUAUGCGUUUCCUGCAAUGGAUCUCCAUUAUCACAGUUGGGAAAACCAUUCCUCUCCCUUCCCUACGACUAGCAGCCGUAUUGGUGGUAACGACCAGCCUUCAGUUCCAUCUAUGACACACAGAACAGCUAGGGCCAAUUCUGAUAUAUCAAGAUCCGGAUCUUUUAUGCAUCCAUUUGUCUCUGGCCACAGUUCUGCUGCUAGAGCUGGGAGCUCAGUCGCCUCCUCAAUGAUUCCUCCAUAUCCAGGCAGUGUUGCUCGGGCCCGUGAUCGUGUCCAGGCUCUGCAGGCAUAUUUUCAGCAGCCGAGCAAUUCACCAGCCAUACGCACACCCGUUGUUUCUGGCACACGAAGAUCCAGCAGUCAUAGGGGCAUGGCUCAAGUUGGGCCAGUUGCCUCAUCAUCUGAUCAGACUGGUGGCUUUUACUUCUUCCCAUCAGGUUCAUCUGGUCGAAACUACCAAGAAGCCGAAAAUUCCCUGCCAAAUCGGUACCAUGGAUGGGAAAGAGAACACUUGCCUUCAUUCCUGAUGAGCCAAGGUGAUAGAGAUUCAGGUUGGGCACCAUUCCAUCAAGCUUCUGGUGGUUCAGAUACUGCCACCAGAUCCAGUGGGUUUCGCCCGAGGCAUGGAUCUGAGAGGAUGCCAUCACAGAAUCCAUCGUAGACUUCUCCGCUAUACUGUUUUGGUGAAGUAAACUACUCAAAAACUGACUGAAACCCAAAAUUAUGUAUGUGUUUGAGAAACGAUAUAUUAAUGAUGCUUGGAGUCUGUCCUGCAAUGGCAGACUCGUAGUGUGGCGUUGCCCUGAAAUCAUGCUUUUGGCAGCCACUUGGUUUUGCGAUGGACUUUUUGGCUUCCUCCUCUAGUUUCAUUGCCUUGGGAUAUAAAUAAAAUCAUAUGUGGGAUGGCAGAAGUUAGAGGCUUUCUGGCAAAUUGGACUCUUGUGUCCGACACUUGUGACCCGAAUACCUCUAUUAUAAUUAAACAUUUGGAGGUUGAGGAAAAUGGUGAUAAAUGUUAUCUUAUGUCGAGUUUCAAGUAUUUUUCA